CCAAAUAAAACGGCUAUAAGAAACAAAAUGGUGCAUUGCGGGGUUGGUCAAAGAGAAAUUGGGAGGGGACAUUUAGCGAACAAAGUGCGUGAUCUUUUAAUGAAAUCGGGGGGAGGUGAACAGUUUGUUUCAAAUGUCUGCUCCCAUGAAUAGGAAGCGAAGUUUGUCCCUGUUUAUCGUUUUAUGAGCUACACAAUUACCAACAAAUAAUUUCUGUUAACGUACCAGCUGUCAAUCCUACAACAUUGCGAAUAGCGCGUCGUCGAUAAUCAGAAACAUUUACUGCAGUAACGUAACAGCCAGGCAUGGCACAGUGGGAGAAGCUGAGGCAGCUGGAGUCUGUGUACCUGACACAGGUGGAUGAGCUGUAUGAUGGGGAUGCCUUCCCCAUGGAUGUACGCCACUACCUGGCACACUGGAUAGAGGGUCAAGACUGGGAUCGUGCAGCACGGGACCAUGAUGUUGCCAUGUUGCUGUUCCAGGUGUUAUUAGAGAACCUGGAUAUCCAGCACAGCCGCUUCGUCCAGGGGGGAGAGUCCUUCUUGCUGCAGCACAACAUACGCCGUUUCAAACAAAGCUUCCAGAGGUACCAAGAGGAGCCUUAUAAUCUGGCCAACAUCAUCCAGUGGUUUCUGGCGAAAGAGAAGGAGAUCCUGCAGAACGCUGAGCUGGCUGAGCAGGUCCAGCUGCUGCAGGUCCAGCAGAACCCCAUGGAGACAGACAGCCAGCGGAACAUUGAGCGCAAGAUGACAGACCUUAAGAAUAAAGUUCAGUGCAUGGAACACACAGUGAAAUGUCUGGAGGAACAACAAGAUGAGUUUGAUUUUAAAUACCAGACUCAUAACAUGGAAGGCACCACCAACGAGGCAGAGAAGACGGAACAGAUGAAGGUGCUGCAGGCUCUACUCAACAGACUGGACGCCUCCAGGAAGAGCAUGUUGUCCGGUAUGGGUGUGCUGCUGGACGGUGUAGAGGAGCUGCUGUGUGUGCUUGUGAGGGAAGAGCUAGUGCAGUGGCAAAGGAGGCAGCAGAAGGCCUGCAUUGGAGCCCCAGACAGCACCUGCCUGGACCAGCUGGAGAAGUGGUUUACAACGGAGGCGGAGUGUCUGUUCCAGGUGCGUAAGUUCCUUAAGAAGCUGGAGGAGCUGAUGGGGAAGGUGACCUAUGAGCACGACCCUGUGAAGAAGCAGAAACCAGCGCUGCAGAAGAGGGUGGACAGCCUCCUCACCAGCCUGCUCAAAAGCGCCUUUGUGGUGGAGACUCAGCCCUCUAUGCCCCAAGGGAAAGGCCCCUUGGUCCUGCGUACCAAUGUCCAGUUCUCAGUCAAGACCAGAUUCCUCGUCAAAUUUCCUGAGCUGAACCAUGCCAUGAAAGUGAACGUGUCUAUGGACAGGGAGGCUCCUUUGGUCAAAGGGUACCGUCGGUUCAAUGUCCUGGGGACUAACAGUAAGGCCCUGAACAUGGCUGAGAGUAUGAGUGGAGGCAUGGUGGCAGACUUCAGACAUCUGACACUGAAGGAGCAGAAAUCUGGAGGAGGGGGCAAGGGGAUCCAUGACCUCUCUCUCAGCGUCACAGAGGAGCUGCACAUCAUCAACUUUAACACCGAGUUCCUUCUGCACGACAUGUCAGUCUCCUUAGAGACGUCCUCUCUCCCUGUGGUCAUCAUCUCCAACUCCAGCCAGCAGCAGAGUGCCUGGGCUUCCAUCCUCUGGUUCAAUAUGCUCUGCCUCGAGCCAAAGAACCUUCUGUUCUUUGCCAACUGUCCCGUGGCUACGUGGCCCCAACUAGGGGAGAUGUUGAGCUGGCAGUUCCUCUCUUCCACCACGCGGGGUCUGGACUCUAACCAGCUGGACAUGAUCGCACACAAACUCUUUGGAAAGCAGCAAAGUUACGAUGCCUGCAACAUCUCAUGGACUAAGUUUAGCAAGGAAAAUGUUCCUAACACCAACUUCACUUUUUGGGUGUGGUUCGAUGGUAUACUUUUUAUGGUGAAGAGUCACUUGGAGAACCUGUGGAAAGAUGGUUCUAUCAUGGGUUUUGUGAGUAAAGGCAAAGAGAAGACCCUCCUGAAGAAGAAACAGAGGGGUACAUUCCUCCUGCGCUUCAGUGAGAGCAUCAGAGAUGGAGGCAUCACCUUCUCCUGGGUGGACUACUCCCCAACCGGUGAGCCUGAUGUGCGCUCGGUGCAGCCCUUCACCAAAGUGGACCUUGGCCAGAUCCCCUUUCAUGAGAUCAUCAGAAACUUCCAGAUCCUGGAGGAGGAGAACGUCCCGGAAAACCCGCUCCUCUUCCUCUACCCUGACACGCCCAAAGUGGAGGCCUUCGGGAAGUACUACACAAAGAAGAGUGGAGCGGAUAGUGAAUACAUUAAGUACAUCAGAACUAAGUUGGUUUUCGUAUCUAAAGAGAACACACUGGAGGCUAAGUCACCUAUGUAUUCUGACACUGGCCCUGAGCCUUCGCCUUCCACAAUGAACCCAAGAUAUGGUCUGGGUGGAGAGGCCUUCGAUCCCGAUGAGGACCUGAAUCCCACCCUCCAGGAGUUCCUCAAUGACCCCAACAUGUAUCAUUGCGUUGACUUGCUUUCUGACGACACAACCUUCCUUGAGGGGGCUCUACCCGGACACCCCUUCACUGCCCUUCUGCAGCCCUGUGAAUGACCACACUCACACCAAUACAAUGUCUAACCAAACUAUAUGACUUGCUACUGUGGAAGCACUUACCCACAACUCAAAGACAACAGCCAUCCAUAUUUAACCAAACUCUGAGGAUGCACAUUAGACCAUAACUUGGUUACAUUGUUAAUUCUAUAGUCUACAAAUAUAGGCUACUUUCACCCUGCAUCUGUAACAUUAGAAAUGCUGCAUGGACCAUCUGUGCCCAUCAGGUAUAGCAUAAUACAAUUUUUCUAUGUGAAAAUAUGUGUGUAUAUAUUACAUUGAGAGAUCUAGCAAGAUUUUUUUUUUUGCACUGUUGUGAAAUGACUGAUUUCUGACAAGGAAAAAAUAUGUGAAUCCCAUUUUUAUAAUAUUUGCAAUGCCUUCACACAGCUGUAGCUUUAAAAAAAAGAAGCUCAUUUAGUGUUUUGAAAAGGUAAUGAAACUUUUGCACUUCUUCCUCUCUUCUCUGUUUUGUCUUUUAAUAAUAAUCUCAAUGUUUUUGUCCAAAUACCAUAUUUGACACUGGAUAAAAGGUCUGGUUGAGCAAAAACAACUAAAAACUGAGACAUUGCAUGUCUGCUUACUAGGUAGAAAAGCCCAAAAGCAUUGUAUUAUACAUUGAUGUGAGAAAACGUGACUUUAUAUUACAUGGUACAUUACUUGUGUCUGACAGAGUUAAGAAUUCUAUUAGGUGUGAAUGAUACAUUAUCAACCAGCAUCCAACCCCAGGAAGGUAUGGAGGGACACAUUUUAAGGCGCUACUCCAAAGAGCUGGAGAAGAUGAGUGACUGAGUGAGAUCCAAGUCUUGGGUCCAGUCGGUUUCAUUUUAGGCCAUUUCAGACUGUACCACAUGAAUCAUCAUUUUUAUGGUUUCUGAUUGCUUUUAGAGUGUAGCAUUUCUGGUGACCACUUACCUUAUUUAUGAUAGCGGGAUAAGUCAAUCUAUAUGCUGUGGGUGUACAGUGUUGUCGGGCACAGCAUGGGCUGCAGAAUGUGAUCAUUAAAGAGUGACUUGUUAUGUACCACUAUUUACAGGUCAGGGAAUUAUCUUGAAGUGAAAUAACCACAGAAAGCCUGUUAUUUUAUACAAGCCGCAGCAGGGAUAUUGCAAACUUUACUGUUCGUUCAGGAUUCACAACUCCGGAAUACAGCGAGGAAAGAUUAACAUGUAUUGGGAAUGGCAUCUAUCAUUUGUAUUUCUUGUUUUACAGAAUAGUCUGCAGAUAAUGACAUAUCUGUGAUGAUAAAUGGGUUAAAAUAAACUGACUAUACAACCUGGCU